AUGUUCGGUUUGUACAGCAAUGAAGGAGAGGAACGCGAGGCCGCGGUGCUGGCAAUGAGCGCUGUCGGGACGUUGGAUACGUCGCAGCCGGUGCUGACUGGCCGCGAUGACGCAUCUGCCAUUAUCAGGGACCGCCUGCAGGUGCUGCCACGCGCCCAGGAGCACGCGCGAGAGGUGGGCGUCGCCCUUGGGCCGGGGCGGCAAGCAGCGUUCGGACAGAUCGCCGCCGCGGUGGCGGCGGCGGUGCAGGUGGACGACAUGGCCAUGGCGGGGCAGCUUGCUUGCCGAGUUGCCGGCGGCUUUGCAGAGCAGGGCUGA